UUAUUUUCACACGGUAAUAUUUAUCACUUCUAUAACUCUAUACUUUAACCUUAAACUUUAUAUAAUUAUUAAAGAAAAAACUCAAAAUAUCCUGGAUCAUGCAAAGAGUUAAUCAAUAAAAAUUUAAAACCCCAGACAAGCUUUUUUAAUCUAAUCACAAUUAAUAUGCUUUUUCAGCUUUUAUAAGCCCACAUUUCACAAACCUCGUUGAAAAGAACCCACUAGUCAUAAAAAAGAGCCAUCAGUACAAACAACACAAAUAACGCAGUUGACCCCUAAGACCCGAGAAACGGUAAUAAGUCAUUAAUUCCCACAACAAAAUGAAGUAGCAAGUUCUUUCCACGAAAUCUUCAAACUUGGAGUCUAGUUUAACUCGCUGCUUCUUAGAACCCUUCCAUAACCCUCUCACUGCUUACAAAUACAAACCAUUUUUUCAUCCAAAACCUUCCAACUGCUUUUGAUCUCUUCAUAUCAGCUUAGAUUACAUAUUUACAAAACUCAUCAAAUCGAGAAAAAAACGGUUAAAUUUGUUGUAGGAUCCUUGCUUGGAGUUGGUGAUGGAGAAUUAUCUGCAAGAGAAUUUUGGAGGAGUAAAGUCCAAAAACUCCUCCGAAGAAGCUCUCAGAAGAUGGAGAGAUGUAUGCGGAUUCGUCAAGAAUCCCAAAAGACGAUUCCGUUUCACUGCAAAUCUCUCCAAGAGAGAAGAAGCCGCCGCUAUGCGUCGUACCAAUCAGGAGAAGCUGAGGGUUGCAGUUUUGGUUUCCAAAGCAGCAUUUCAGUUUAUCCAAGGUAUGUUUCUUCAGCAUUAUUUCCAUAGCUUACAAAAAUUAGAGCCAAUAUAUUUACUGCCAUUCUUAUCCACAGGCGCGAAACCAAGUGAUUACAAAGUGCCAGAGUAUGUUAAAGAUGCAGGAUUUCAAAUCUGUGGCGAUGAAUUGGGGUCUAUUGUUGAAGGACAUGAUGUAAAGAAGUUGAAAUAUCAUGGUAAGAUUGAUGGCAUUGCAGACAAGCUUUGUACAUCAACCACCGAUGGGAUUAGUAAUGAGACUGAUCUACUGGAUAAAAGACAACAGAUAUAUGGAAUCAAUAAAUUCACUGAAAGUCAAGCUAAAAGCUUCUGGGUUUUUGUUUGGGAAGCACUUCAAGACAUGACUCUCAUGAUACUUGGAGUGUGUGCUAUUGUGUCUCUGAUUGUUGGCAUUGCAACAGAAGGAUGGCCCAAGGGAGCUCAUGAUGGUCUUGGAAUUGUUGCAAGUAUCUUAUUGGUUGUGUUUGUGACUGCAACAAGUGAUUAUCGUCAAUCAUUGCAGUUCAAAGAUUUGGACAAGGAGAAGAAAAAAAUUUCCAUUCAGGUCACUAGAAACGGAUAUAGGCAGAAAAUGUCUAUAUAUGAGUUACUUCCUGGAGAUAUCGUGCAUCUUGCCAUUGGUGACCAAGUCCCUGCUGAUGGACUAUUUGUUUCCGGAUUUUCUCUAUUGAUUGAUGAAUCAAGUUUAACAGGAGAGAGUGAACCUGUGGUGGUGAACUCCGAAAAUCCAUUUCUCCUUUCAGGAACCAAGGUCCAAGAUGGAUCAUGCAAGAUGUUGAUUACCACAGUUGGAAUGAGGACUCAGUGGGGUAAGUUGAUGGCUACUCUCAGUGAAGGCGGUGAUGAUGAAACCCCAUUACAGGUGAAACUUAAUGGAGUGGCAACCAUUAUUGGGAAAAUAGGCCUAUUCUUCGCGGUUGUCACUUUUGCAGUUCUUAUGCAAGGACUUGUGAGCGCUAAACUCCAACAAGAAAGCUUCUGGAGCUGGAAUGGGGAUGAUGCUUUGGAGAUGUUGGAGUAUUUUGCGAUCGCUGUUACCAUUGUUGUUGUGGCUGUUCCAGAGGGGCUUCCAUUAGCUGUGACAUUGAGCCUUGCAUUUGCUAUGAAAAAAAUGAUGAACGACAAAGCCCUUGUCCGAAAUUUGGCAGCAUGUGAAACCAUGGGAUCAGCAACAACUAUAUGUAGUGACAAAACCGGGACACUAACAACCAAUCACAUGACUGUUGUGAAAACGUGCAUUUGUAUGAAAAGCAAGGAAGUGAGCAACAAGACUUCUAGUUUGUGCUCUGAACUCCCAGAAUCUUCUGUGAAACUGCUGCUACAGUCAAUAUUUAACAACACCGGAGGAGAGGUUGUGGUGAACAAACAAGGGAAACAUGAGAUUUUAGGGACUCCGACUGAGACUGCGAUAUUGGAAUUUGGCUUGUCAUUAGGUGGUGAUUUUCAAGGAGAGAGACAAGCAUGCAAGCUUGUUAAAGUUGAGCCAUUCAACUCAACUAAGAAAAGAAUGGGUGUAGUGGUGGAGCUCCCUAGUGGAGGUCUGAGAGCACACUGUAAAGGUGCUUCUGAAAUAGUUCUUGCUGCUUGUGACAAAGUUCUCAAUUCAAAUGGCGAUGUUGUCCCACUUGAUGAAGAAUCAAUUAACCAUCUUCAGACUACAAUAAACCAGUUUGCCAAUGAGGCACUUAGAACUCUAUGCCUUGCCUAUAUGGAAUUGGAAAACGGGUUCUCUGCCGAAGACACCAUUCCUGUUACUGGAUUCACUUGUAUAGGAGUUGUUGGUAUCAAAGAUCCUGUUCGUCCUGGUGUUAAGGAGUCUGUAGCACUAUGUCGUUCAGCUGGAAUAACCGUAAGAAUGGUUACAGGAGACAAUAUAAAUACUGCAAAGGCCAUAGCCAGGGAAUGUGGGAUUUUAACCGAUGAUGGCAUAGCCAUUGAAGGUCCAGAAUUUAGAGAGAAGAGUUUGGAAGAGUUGCUUGUGCUGAUUCCCAAAAUUCAGGUCAUGGCUCGAUCCUCGCCUUUAGACAAACAUACCUUGGUGAAACACCUGCGUACCACAUUUGGGGAAGUUGUAGCUGUAACUGGUGAUGGAACAAAUGAUGCCCCGGCUCUUCAUGAAGCUGACAUUGGACUUGCCAUGGGCAUUGCUGGAACUGAGGUUGCAAAAGAAAGUGCAGAUGUCAUAAUUCUGGAUGAUAACUUCUCGACAAUAGUAACCGUUGCUAAAUGGGGACGUUCUGUUUAUGUAAAUAUUCAGAAAUUCGUCCAGUUUCAGCUUACAGUUAAUGUGGUUGCUUUAAUAGUGAACUUUACAUCAGCCUGCUUGACAGGAACUGCUCCACUGACUGCUGUUCAACUUUUAUGGGUGAACAUGAUAAUGGACACAUUGGGAGCACUUGCACUCGCAACUGAACCUCCAAAUGAUGAUUUAAUGAAGCGUUCACCUGUUGGAAGAAAAGGGAACUUCAUCAGCAAUGUCAUGUGGAGGAAUAUCAUGGGACAAUCACUGUAUCAGUUUAUGGUGAUAUGGUUUCUUCAGUCAAAAGGAAAAUCCUUCUUUUCACUUAAUGGCCCCAAUUCGGAUCUAGUGUUAAACACACUUAUCUUCAACUCAUUUGUCUUUUGUCAGGUUUUCAACGAGAUAAACUCACGUGAGAUGGAGAAAAUUAAUGUCUUUAAGGGCAUAUUGGAUAAUUAUGUCUUUGUGGGGGUCAUCAGUGCUACAAUUUUCUUUCAAAUCAUAAUAGUCGAGUACUUGGGAAACUUUGCAAACACAACACCUCUCACUCUGCUACAAUGGUUCUUUUGCUUAUUUGUUGGGUUUAUGGGCAUGCCUAUUGCUGCUCGCUUAAAGAAGAUUCCUGUCUGAAGAAAGCAAAUGAACAACUCUUAAUCAAAAUGCAAUGAAGAUUGUUGUAAUUGUUAGUUGUUAUGGUUACGGUUGUUAGACCUUAGAUUGCACUCAUUCGUGUAUAUUCACUAACUCAUUUGGCAUUGUUUCGAGGCUGCCUUGGGUUAGAAUCAGAAUGGAGCAGCAAAGUAGAACUCUAGAGCCUCGCUGCAGUAAUCCUUAGGCGACUGAUGAAUCACCAUUUAACAAUUUUAUGAAAACCUGAACUUGUUGUAGAUAUUGAUGACUCUUGUUGCCUAGAAACAACUCAACACUGUUUUAUCCAGAGUUUUGCUUGACAACCUAAGAGUAAAAAUAACUAUUCUUCAAUUUGUGGCAAUUUGAAUGGACGCAUCCUGUUUGUUAAUUUUAUGUUUAAGUGAUUCUGAAUCA